CAUCUGCAGCAGUGAAAGGCCUCGCCCAGUAAUGGAGAGAUCCAAACUCUUCUUAACUGUUUCAGUGCUGAGCUGCCUGAGUCAUGGCUGGGAGGUUCAGGUGCCACAAUCAGUUAAAGCUGUUAAGGGCAGCUGUGUGAUGAUAUCGUGCCGCACCAGCUCACACAGUCACGUGAUAUGGUACAAGUAUAAAGGUUUAGGGUACCCUGUAGUGUAUUCUAGAAACACUGCAGAUAUAAUAGCUGAGUUUAGAGGAAGAACAUCAGUGCCUGGAAGUCCCAGUCAGGGAGACUGCAGCUUAAAGAUCAACAGUGUCCGCCAGGAAGAUAAUGGGAUAAGCCUGUAUCCAUGGAUCUAUCCAGAGACAUCUAGCAACCAAUAUAAAUACAUCCAAAUAAAUGUCGUGAACCCUGAGAUUAGCAUUUCCGUAGAGAGCCCAUCAACGGAUGGAAAUUUAUUCUCUGCCACCUGCACAGUCCGACAUUCCUGUCCUUCGUUUCCUCAACCAGUGAAAUGGGAGGGUUUGUCUGACAUUUAUAACAAGGUGAUCAGCAACACACCCUCAGGAGGACUGUGGACUUCAGUGACACAAGCACAGUUCAGAGCAAACCGUCUAAACCACACGAGGACGCUUAGCUGCAUAUUCAACGGCAGAUCUGCGGCUCAUACGCUCAACAUCUUAUACGCCCCCACAGAUGUGAAAAUAGAUGGCGCAGAUAGAAGUGUGGUUGAAGGUGCUACGGUCUCACUCACAUGUACUAGUAAGAGCAACCCUGCACCAACUCACUACGAGUGGCUUGUCACCCAAAAGAUUUCCAUCAGGAACCAGACAGAACAGAAAAUUUUUAACCUUGGAUCUGUCAAACGAGACACGUCAGUCUCCUGCAUUGCCCGUAACUCCGCUGGAAGAGGUCAAUCAGAGCCAGUACUGCUGAUUGUCCAUUUUCCCCCCACCAUCCUGAUGAAUUCAUCAUGCUUUGUGUCGGCUGGAGGUGUCCGGUGUGUAUGUCAAGUGGAAGCAGAACCCAAAGCUAAAAUCUUCUGGAUGGUUGAUGGUAGCAGCGCUCCACUCCCACACUUCAAUACAACGACUCAAUACACAGGAAGAAUAACAGUGUCGGAGCUGACAGGACCGCCGGCCAGUAACGUGUCCUGUAAGGCGUCUAACAAUGUGGGGACAGACACUUACCAGAUGCCAAUCCAGAAUUCACUGUCAGAAGGAAACUCUGGAUCGAUGGUAGCUGCUGUAGUGGCUGUGGGGUGCAUCAUCCUAGGAAUUGCUGUGGUAGCUAUCUGCUUGAAGAAGAGACGCCAGCAACCAGCUGACUCCACCUACAGAUCACGUAGAGAUUCCAGUGGAAAGAAUAUCGUCGUGAAUCUUCAUGACAAUAUCUAUGCGAACAAUGCAGCUGGAGAAGACAUCUAUACUAACACCAUGGACACUCCACAGACAAACAAGGAUGACGGGUACGACAUCUACCAGAACUACUGAGACCUUCUGAGAUCGAGAGAUCUGCUCCUCAGCGCUGAACUUCAGUAGCCUUUAGCCUGCAAUUUUCUGCCUUUACUGGUGAAGAAUUCAAGACUUUGUGUUAAAGCUGAGCUUUCAUUUAACUCAACAGACUGCAAAUAUAAUGCACAUAAGAAGAAAGACUUCUUUGCCACUAUGUGUGGGCUGUGAAGGCCCGUAACUGUGUGGGUAACUUGUUCUAAUUUUUAGAAUGUUCUUUUAUAUAUAUAUAUAUAUAUAUACACACAAAAUUAUAGUUAAAUUAAAUAAAAAAUAACAUUUUCUUUGCUUUUUGGAUAUUUUAGGUUUUAUUUUAUAUAUUUUUCCCUAUUAUGUUAAUUAAAUAGAAAUUGUGCUCUAAAAUAUGCAGUCAAAUGCUAUAUUUAAGUUUGUUCCCAUGUACAUACAACUAUUAAUUUAAUAACGUUCCCACAACUGCAGCAGACAAGUUAUAAAUUAUGUGCUAUGAUUCCCUCAUAG